CUAGUAAAAAACAACAGUUGUUGUCAGGACACUUUGUGAACCAGCAAAAUGGCUCGCUUCUCUGUCGCUUUGGUGUUGGUCUUGGCUUGUUGGACUGCCAGUUCGAGUGCAGCAGCUCUUUCCGUAGAAGACAAGCUGCAACAACUGACUGACAGCUACAUUCAGCUCAAGGAAGUUGUCGGAGCCAAAAACGCAGAACUGCAGGCCCAACUGGAACAACAACAACUGCACCACAAUGAAAUCAAAACCGAGUUGACGUCGAAAAUCAGUCAACUGGAGGCCAAACUCCAACAGCAAGGAAAAGCACACCCGUCGUCGCCGGUGUAUUUCUACGCACAAAGGAGCGCACCUUUCUCCACCUUAGCCACUCCGUUGCCUUUCGAUCUCGCCGUUCUGAACGUUGGCAAUGCCAUGGAUCUGGCAACAGGGAAAUUCACGGCCCCACGUGCCGGUAUCUACGCCUUCUCCUUCUCGGGCAUGGCUCUUUUCCCAGCUACAUCUGGCGUUUACGUUUGGCUAUCGGCUUCCCUAGUGUUGAACGGAAACGUCGUUGGCUCAGCCGAGGUUGACGAAGCCAACACCGUCGAUGAUCAAUGGAGCCCAUUGUUUCUCCAGUCCACGCUCAGUCUCCAAGCUGGCGACCAACUCUGGCUGGAAAUUGAGUAUGACACUGCAGGUGUGAUGCUCCACGAUGAUGCUGACCAUUACACUCACUUCAACGGCUGGAUGUUGGAUGAGUAAGCUGUACUAUCAGUGGGUAACCUGGAUCAAUCUUGAACGACUUGUAUAUCUUAAGUCACAAUAAACAUUAGAUAAAGCCUAUGAUGGAUGAACGUUGGCCGGCUUCUGCUGUUUAGUA